AUGACGCGAAGUCGAUUUAUUCGUUUGAGACUAUGCCUUCUACCACGUAUCUAUUCCACCCGAUCUAUUUCCACAACGAGCUGCCUGAGCUCUGGCCAAGCAGCGCAACCGUCACCCCGUUCUAGUGCCUCGACUUCUCCCGAGAAUUAUAAACUUGACUCGAAAUGGCUUUCUGUAACGAAGAAGCGGCUGGGGAAGUGCUUGCAGUUUGGGCUGCAACCUGAGCAAGUACGUGCUGCAGGUGACAUUUUGAAACAGGUAACCCGAGAUUGGCGGGAGCUUGUUGCAGGCAGCGAAGGCUUUCUCACUGGGGAGGAUAGGCGAGGGUUAUUCCGGCAUAACGUUGUCUGGGGAGAGAUGAAGCAGUGGCUGGAGUUGAUCGGAUCCACGGGUAUUGGGUUGAUUCUCAAGAGUAUCAAAAUUGAUUACAAAUUUCCGAUGACAUACCCUGAUAAAAUUUGCGUAUAUCAUAAGCUAGUCCACGCACCGCCGUCGCCUUGUUCGCCGAAUCCUAACGCUUACCCCGGUUUGAUUUUUGACGUACUCAUCCUCUCCGAAGCAAAACAGCGGGCGGCGGCACGGUGCCACGAAGACGUUGUCCUUUACGACUAUAGAGUUGGGCACAAGGUUUCUGAGCUCCCUAAUUAUAUGAUAGAUCAGUUCAGACACACCUGGGAGCUUCAGCAGGAAGCGAAGAGGGUCAAUAGACACAAGAUCCAGGAAAUUGAGAUGAAGCUAAGAACUCUAGAAAAGACAAGUUGGGAUCGAGCAGAUGCCACUGAGGAUGUGGGCUCUGCGGCAGGGAAAUAG